AUGAGUUCUCAACAACAACAACAACAGAGACAAACGAAUGAAUUGAUGAGCUUCUCUGGAGGUGGAUUAUCAUCUAUUAACUUUAAUGAAUCAUUGUUGAAUGAUAUUGGAUUGAGUGACUCGGUGACAAAGGAGUUUAAGAAUCAGCAACAAGAUACAUUUAAGCUGAUCGACUUUGCAUUGGGCGCCAGCUCAAACAAUGGCAUAUCAUGGAGUAACGAGUCCGAGAAUGAUCUGUUGGGCAUUGACAACAAUCUGUCAAUAAGUACCAAUAUGUCCAGUCUGCUCAAUCAAGCUGCCACUGGACAUGGCCACGGCCACACCCACAGCCACAGCAAUAGCAACAGUAGUAGCAGUAGCAGUGGCAGUGGCAGCCACGGAGCAACUACCAAUGGCAACACCAACAACAACAACAAUAACAAUGUCAGUGGCAACAGCUCGGUUAAUAGUAGUGCAGGCAGCACGGCAUCGUCGGGUGUGGCACACGCCAGUAUGAUCACCAAUGCAUCGCACACCAUCACCAGUCUAUCACAACAGUUGGCCAGCAUCCAGCAACAGCUGCAACAGCAACAGCAGCUGCUCAACAGCUCGCUACUGAGCCAGAAUGCAUCGAUGCAGCCAGUGGUCGUGCACACUCAUCCACUGCAACAGACCAGUUCCGACUAUCACCUGAGCAAAUCACUCGAGAACAAGUAUCUCGCUCAACAACUGUUACAACAACAACAGCAACAGCAACAGCAACAACAACAGCAACAUGCUCAUCAUCAAAUCAACCAACAACAACAACAAUCAUUCGCAAACAAUCAAUUCAACAAUGGCAACAGUGAUCCGUUCACGGCACAAGUUCCCCACUCGCCUUCCAUCGCCUCAUCAAUGCAUCAUGCAAAUGGCAACGCGGUCGCCAAUCAAUCAUACUUGUCUGUGCCCCAAAUACUCAACGCGGACCAGCAGCAGCAACAACAACAACAACAGCCUCAGCAACAACAGUACCAGUCACGAGGCACUUAUCAAUUGCCAAGUAGCAGUACUUCCAGUAGCAUUAGUAGCAACGACCUCUACAGCAACCAACAAAGCAUGACGCUGCCACCCAUUCUGACCGCGGUCUCGCCCUCCUCGUCCGAGCCAUCGACGCCCCAGCACGACAACUCCAUCCCCUUCCAAUCAAUGGUCCAGAACAAUCACAUCAACUUGCAGCCAGCAUCCCACAACACUCAGAUGUCCCAAUCACUCCACAACCAACUGUUGCAACACCAGAUGCAACAACAGCAACACUAUCCUUCGCAUCAGCAGCAACCACAACUACCUCAACAACAUGGCCAACAACAACAUCAUCAUCAUGGCUCGACCAGUCAACAGCAGAUGCAGCUGCAGCUUCAGAUUCAAAGCCAGACAACCAUGGAGAUCAUUGAUAACUACCAGCAGCCCUUCCCCGUGUACACGGUGAAGACGCACGUGCUUGUCCCGUCGCCAGUGAUCAAGGUGAACAACUACACUGGAGAUCCCAACGACCUGAUGAUCGUGGCCAAUCCCGAGCCCGACGACAGCAUCAUCAUCUCGCAGCCAGCCGUCACGUGCCCCGAUGGCUCAUUCGAGUUCAAGUUCACCGACAUGCACGUCGACCGCAAGAAGCACGAUCCAUGCAGCGCCUUCCGCCUCAGAUUCAGCUUGCUGAAUCGCCGCACGUUCAGCUGCUUCAACGAGCUGAUGUCGCCAUCGAUCAACCUCUACUACCACACCGACCUGCUACCCGCCCCAGACAUUGUGCGUCUCGUUCCCAACCAGUGCUACUGCGGUCAGGAGCCCGAGGUGAUCUGUUACGGCUACUACUUCAAGAAGGGAAGGACUGAGAUGCUCUACCUGGACUUUGAGCCCGAGUAUCCCGGCCAGGAGGGCCACGCCCAGCACACCGUCAAGCAGGAGCAGCUGCGUAUGCCCAACCAAACAUCGUUCUCAUUCAUCUUUACGCCACCACGCCGCCUGACGGGAGCAACCUACAACGUCUCCACACGCUACACCAAGAACUCCACCAAGAAGGACAAGGACAAGGACAAGAAGUCCAAGGUCGGCAAGCCAUACAAGUUCACGUACAACGAGAUGCCCGAGUCGGGCAGUGUCAAGCGUGUACGUCGUGAGGUCGAGCGACCCGGCGAUGAAAAGGGCAAUGGCUCACCAAUGAUGGACGACGACAUGCACAGCCCUACAAGCGUUCAGGGCGGCAACGUGCCUUCGCCAUACAAUGGCGGCACAUCACCCCCUCUAAACACCUAUAUGAAGUGCGUGCUCUAUGGUGACAUUGAAGAGCUGGAGGAGCUGCUCAACAAUGGCACGUUCGAGAUCAACGACCGAGACCAGAUGGGCAACAGUCUGAUCAUGCUGAGUGCUCGCGAGGGACGUGACGACUUUGUCGAGAAGCUGAUGGACCUCGGUGCUGACCUCACUGCCAAGAACAAGACUGGCCACUCACUCUUCCACAUGGCUUGCUACUCUGGAAACAUUGACAUUGUUGAGAUGGUCAUUGAUGAAGUCGACAUACUUUCAAAGGAUGGAGUUGGCGCCACUGGUCUGCACAUUGCCACUGAGAUGAAGCACGUCAGACUCGUUCAAUAUUUAUGCAAGACUGCCUUGGAGUUGAUUGAGAUCAAGGACAACCGCGGACUGACAGCCUUCCACUACGCCGCGAUGGAUGGCAAUCCACGUAUCUCUGAGAUCUUCAUCGAUCACUACACCAGCACCAAGCCUGAGCUGCUCGACAUGCAGGACUACAGUGGCAUGGGUCCACUACAUUGGGCUGCCGCACUGGGCCGUGUCGGCGUCGCUUCCAAGCUCAUCGCUGCAGGCGCCGACGUCAACCUGUUGGACGGUGACCGUGAGUCGCCCAUCUUCAAGUCGAUCGUCAGCAAUCAUAAGGACAUCACCAACUUGCUGCUGGACAGCAAGUGUGACAUGUUCAGCCCCAACGCACACAACAAGACACCGAUUGAACUGCUGGCCGAGGCAGCCAAUCCCGAGCUCGUCAACAACAACAACAACAACAAUGUUGAGGGAGUCGAGUCAUCAAACCAAUCCGCUGUUGGAGAGGACGAUGGUACAGAGUCGGACACCUUGGCAUUGUUGCCUGGCGCCCCAACUCCACAACCACCCAGACCAGCCAAGAAGAAUGCUGGCGACAAGGCCAGAGCAGAGUUGGCCGACCAGUUGAUCCAGCAGUUGGCCAAGCUCAACCUGCAGAACAAUGCCAAUGCCGCUGCCUCCGCAUUGACCACCACAACGUCCACGACCAUGUCCGAGUCGGUCAAGGCGUUGACCAAGGAGAAGUUUGACAAGCAACGCAUCGGCGAGUUUGGCGAUGUCAACACAUGGACAUCGCGCGACAUUACCGUCAACCACUUUGAGAUCCUGAUCGGAGAGAUUGAGAAGAACAUCGCCAGUGGCACCGACAAGGGCCUGUCAAAGAACAAGGAACUGACGUCGCUGCUGCAGCAGUCCUACUCAGAGAAGGUGACCGAGUGGAUGGCCUGCGAGGAGGAGCUGCUUCAGACCAAGCGUUCGUUCAUGGACCUGGAGAACGAGCUCAACGUCAAGGCACACGAGAUCAUCAGAUUGUCAGACUUUAUCACAUCGUGUCCAGUUACGCUUGACGAGCUGGGACCAGGCAAGCUUGGCCUCUUUGUGCUGAAGCGUGAGCGCUACUUUGGCUUCCAUCAGAGCGAGCUGCUGGUGGUGGUGUCGAGCGACUCAAUGUCCGCUCUGCAAAAGAGCUUCGAGACUGGCAUGCCAAACUGCUUGCUGGCCAACAUUGUGUUCUGCACCAAGACCAAGUCGACCAAGCCAUCGCCUCUAAUGCCCAUCGUUGGAACCGACUUCCUCAUCGUGGACAUUGAGCCAAUCGAUCGUCCAAGAAGCCCAUAA